UCGAGCGCAGCCCGAGUAACAAUAGUAUGCAAGUGAUGUCCUCGAAUGGCGGAGUCGCAUGGGACACUAUCACAGUCGUGCGAGCCAGGGAGCACCAUGAAUACUGGAAAAGGGCCGGUCAAGAUCCUGUACUGAGGGGUAAACUUCGAUGGGACUUCUCUCCACCUCGUCUCUUCGACAUUGCUUUCUUUGCAAGCGCCGCAUCCACCACUUUUAAACACUACAAUCUCUAUGUUCGGCAAUGUUAUUGGUAUGCCAGGAUCACCCUAGCGGCAAUGGCGAAAGCAUUCCCAUCUUGCUCCCGGGAAGGGACUACGUCCUACAAGCCAUCACAUGUCCAACUUCUCGUAGAUCCUCACACUAACUACUGUCGUGAUUUACACCCACCUGCUGGCCACCUACCUCCUAUGAUCCCUACCAUGGAGGCUGGAUGGCAUGCUUCUCUCUCCGUCACACCAAACAUUCUCCAUGGCCUCGCCGAGUUUAUAGCCAACUUUCAGAGGCCUCUGCCCCAUUCAGCGUUGCCCCAACUAGCGGUUGUCAUUGUAAACCGACGCAAUGACCAGUUGGCCUGAUGAAUACUCGGAUCCAGCAGGUAUAUGGAGUCGCAUUAGGUGGAUGACGACCGUGCCGAUGCGAUGGAAUUGGACUUUCAAGAGACUUAACUAGAUGAUACUAGCGAAUGAGCUUUGAUCGUGUGCUGUAAAUAUGUGAUUCGAAUUUCGUGUACGCAAUUUGCUAAUACCAUCACUACGUCAUGCUGGCAUGGCACCCAGCAGUGAUAGUUUUUCGUUGCUAUGGCCCUGACUAUUCUAUUUUUCUGUACAUGAUUGUGUAGGUACCCAAAUAGCUUGAAUGGCACACGACUAGUCCGUCCUAGCGUCAUGAUCGCGACGACAUUGUGCACCACAUCUUCGUGUAUCGGAUCCCGGUCAUCAGAAGCGUGCGGACUCGACCGUCUCCGCCUAAGUUGUAACUUGCUCAAACUGUGUAGAUAAUCCAUCACAGCAGAAUUCAAUGGCUUUCCUCCC